UAACCAGCAGCACGCUGAGAGGCCCAGCAGUGUCAGGAAACGUGGGCUUCUAGAGCAGUUAUAAUGAUUAGUGCUAGCCCUUAGCUCUGAGUCUCCUAAUCCUAAAGCUGUUUUUCCUGCACUGGUCUCCUUUAGUAAACAGGCUACAAAGAAUUAUGCUGGAAUGUUUUGCCUGCCUAGCGCUGUCCCGUCCCAACCGCCGCAUGCAUAGACAGCGAAGAGCGUGGGAGGAGGGAAGGUGCAAAUAACCCGCCCUUUUUCCUCUGCAGUUCUCAAUCAGGUCGUACGCCAGGCAAUAUACGGAGACGUUCACCCACUCUCGCUACACAGCUCUGUCUGUAAUUCUAGCCGAUAUGUCUGGUCGCGGUAAGGGUGGCAAGGGUCUCGGAAAAGGAGGCGCUAAGCGCCAUAGGAAGGUGUUGAGGGACAACAUCCAGGGCAUUACAAAACCCGCUAUUCGCCGUUUAGCUCGUCGCGGGGGCGUGAAGCGCAUUUCGGGUCUCAUUUACGAGGAGACUCGGGGGGUGCUGAAGGUCUUUUUGGAGAAUGUGAUCAGAGAUGCCGUUACUUACACCGAGCAUGCGAAGCGGAAAACUGUGACUGCCAUGGACGUUGUUUAUGCGUUGAAGCGCCAGGGUCGUACUCUGUACGGAUUUGGAGGCUAACCUGUGCUAGUAAUUGUCUCAGAAAACAUCUAUAACCCAAAGGCUCUUUUCAGAGCCACCCACACUUUCAUGAAAAGA